AUGUUACCUCUCAACUUGCCAAGUGAGAUAUUAGUGGCUAUCGCAGAUCAUCUCGAUUCGCUGGCGGAAAUCAAUGCCUUUGCCCGAACAAAUCGCCGUUGCUACGGUGCCCUGAAUCGGCAUCUCUAUCGUUCAGCUGACCCUUAUUUUGAACCCAUUUGGGCCGUUGAGCAUGGGCGAGUGGCAACAUUGAGACAUUUCAUCGAUGCGGGGUGUAUUGCUUCCGCUUAUUUCGCCGAGAGCCUUCUCAGGGCUAGCGCAUCCCAGGGACAUGUCGAACUCGUCAAGCUUUUUAUCUGUUAUGGUGAGAAAUUUCGCGGUGAUCCGGAUUUUCACUGCCAGAAUGCGCUAAGUGCAGCGAUCCAAGGGGAUCACUUUGAGGUGGUGGAGCUUUUGCUCGGCAAUGGAGCGGACCUGGACGGUCCAUUUGAGGAAGGGAAUAAGCCAUUUGAUCUUGCAAUUCAAAGCGACAGUGGACCAAAGAUCGGGUUCCUUUCUCGCAUUGGUGUCGAUUUCUUUCAACUUGGUCCUAAUAAAUUCACUGCUUUGCAUAUCGCCAUCAAGAGUCGGAAGCUGAAUUCCGUGGAAGCAUUGUUGCAGUGUGGCCUCAAUCCGAAUGCGGUUGACGGGUACGGGAACGCACCCAUCCAUGGUCAGGGCUACUUUGGUUAUCCGGGUUAUAAGAAAACGUUGAGUCAAGUCUUAUUGGAACAUGGCGCCGAUCCUUACUUGAAGGAUGAGAAUGGUUUCAUGCCUCUAUGGCUUGCCUCAUAUAAGGGAUUGGAACGCGAAGUUGAAAGCCUCUUAGAACACGGAGUCGACCCCAAUGGGUUAGAUCGUGAGGGUAACCCACAGGUUCCCAUUCCACUCGGAGACCUCGAACGAAACAAAAGUCAAAAUCGAAUAGUAUCCGCCCUUAAACGAGGUGCAGACGGCGGAAGAAAUUGCUGCAUACCACUGUGUAUUGCUGCUUAUAAUGGCAGUUACGGUGUACUUAAGGUAUUGCUGGAAUAUGGAGCCAAUCCAAACCGAAUGGACCCUACAGGAGCGUUGCCACUCCAACUGGCUGUGUUAUCAAAGGAGCACAGCUUGGUAAAGCUGCUUACUGAAUAUGACGCUUCUCUGGAUGCCCAGGAUUGUCAUGGUAAGACUGCACUUGAAUGGGCUUUAGUAGAGGGCGGCCAUGAAAUGCUGGAUAUUCUCUUCAAAGCGGGCGCCAGUAUCGACAGCGCAGGCUCAGGGAGCAUUGAUCCAAUACUCCGUGCGUUGGAGUAUGGCAACUCUAGAUCUGGAUGGAGUGCAGUCAAAUUUUUGCUUGAGCAAGGGGCCGAUCCUAUGUCGAAGGACUCGUUCGGUCAAACACCCCUUCAUAUGGCGUGCGCUGUCGGACCGGGAGAGGACUCAAAGGUAUUUGAGAUGCUACUUAAGGCGAGUUCUGAUCCCAAUCACAAAGACGUGAAUGGUGAUACCCCUCUCCACAUGGCGGCUCGAAGUGGUUUUUCCAAUGGGAUCUAUUUACUCAGACUGGAUGGCCGGAUCGAUUUCGCAGCUAGAAAUAGCCGUGGCAAUACCCCUUUGCAUGAAGCAGUCGAUCCUGAGAACUGUGUCACUUCUGAUGAAGUUAUCAUUGAGCUACGCAAAGGUGGUGCUGAUCUCACUUUGGUGAAUUACAAAGGUCAGGCUGUUUGGGAUCUAGCACAGGAAGACGAUGUCAAUCGUGCUUUAUCCUGCGAGUUAUCAGAAGACGAAUCUGAAUUUGAAUCCAACGUUGACUCUGAUGGACAUUCGGAGUCUAUUUCAGUCUGA